UGGGUUCUAUUAAGAUGUUAAGGAAACACAAUUCCACACUCUCACAGCUCUGGUUUCGAUGCUGUUCGACGAUUGCUAGAUACCCAUCAAGAAGAGUAGUUUCUAACCGAACCUACGAGUUCGAUCGACUUCAGAUAAUCAGGCAAUGGCUGCCAAUGGUACUGUGGGACAUACAUGUCCAUCUCCAAUGAAGCCUACAUCUAAUGGGAUAUUUCAGGGGGAUAAUCCUCUUGAUUUUGCACUACCUCUUGCCAUUUUACAGAUAUGUCUAGUGGUUGUAGUCACACGAGGUCUUGCUGUUCUGCUGAGGCCACUAAGGCAGCCUCGGGUGAUUGCAGAGAUUAUUGGAGGAAUAUUACUUGGGCCAUCUGUUCUAGGCCGAAAUAAGAGCUAUUUGCAGGCAAUUUUUCCACCCAAAAGCAUUACAGUUUUAGAUACUUUGGCAAACCUUGGUCUUCUGUUCUUUUUAUUCCUCACAGGUCUAGAAUUAGACCCUAAAAGCCUGCGUCAGACUGGAAAAAGGGCCCUUGUUAUUGCCAUCGCUGGAAUUACCGUUCCUUUUGCAUUAGGAAUUGGUUCAUCGUUUAUCCUACGAGCAACCAUUGCAAAAGGUGUAAAUGGGAUCGCAUUUCUUGUAUUUAUGGGUGUAGCCCUUUCCAUAACUGCCUUCCCCGUCUUAGCCCGAAUAUUGGCUGAGCUGAAACUUCUAACCACUGAAGUUGGGAGAUUGGCCAUGUCAGCUGCAGCAGUCAAUGAUGUAGCUGCAUGGAUUCUACUUGCUCUUGGCAUUGCUCUAUCUGGAAAUAACCUCUCUCCCCUUGUCUCAUUGUGGGUCUUCCUCUGUGGUUGUGUUUUUGUCAUUUGUUCAAUUCUCGUUGUCCCACCAAUUUUCAAGUGGAUGGCCCAUCGUUGUCAUGAAGGUGAGCCAGUGGGAGAGAUGUACGUAUGUGCGACAUUAGCCACAGUACUAGCAGCCGGGUUUAUAACUGAUGCUAUUGGAAUUCAUGCUAUGUUUGGUGCAUUUGUGGUUGGGGUUCUCAUCCCAAAGGAAGGGCCAUUUGCGGGUGCACUUGUGGAAAAAGUUGAGGAUCUCGUAUCUGGCCUCCUCCUUCCUUUGUACUUUGUUUCAAGUGGAUUGAAGACUAAUGUAGCCACAAUCCACGGUCUUCAAUCAUGGGGUCUCCUGGUUCUGAUCAUAUUUACAGCCUGUUUCGGAAAGAUAUUUGGCACUGUUGUAGUUUCCCUUCUUUGCAAAAUGCCUCUGAGCGAGGCUCUGGCAUUGGGAUUUCUAAUGAACAGUAAAGGCUUGGUGGAACUAAUUGUCCUCAACAUUGGUAAAGAUAGAAAGGUGCUGAAUGAUCAGACAUUCGCUAUCAUGGUUCUGAUGGCUCUCUUCACAACCUUCAUGACCACCCCUCUUGUGAUGGCUGUGUACAAGCCAGCAAAAAGGGCACGUAGAGCUGAUUACAAGCACAGAACAAUCGAACGAAAAAAUUAUAAUACUCAGCUUAGAGUUUUAGCCUGUUUUCAUAGUUCUAGAAACAUCCCAUCGACGUUAAAUCUCCUUGAGGCCUCACGAGGGGUUGGGAGGCCUGAAGGACUUUCUGUAUACGCACUGCACCUCAUGGAACUCUCUGAGAGGUCUUCAGCUCUACUGAUGGUACAGAAGGCAAGAAGGAAUGGGCUACCCUUUUGGAAUAAGAGCCAAAAAUCAGAUUCUAAUUGUGUUGUGGUGGCUUUUGAAGCUUUCCGACAAUUGAGCCAGGUGUCUGUUCGACCAAUGACAUCAAUCUCUUCGUUCUCUGACAUGCAUGAAGACAUUUGCACUACUGCUGAUAGGAAGAGGGCAGCAAUCAUAAUUCUACCUUUCCAUAAGCACCAGAGAUUAGAUGGCUCGUUCGAGACAACUCGAAGUGACUUCCGCUGGGUUAACCACAGAGUUCUUGAACACGCACCAUGUUCAGUUGGAAUACUUGUUGACCGUGGACUUGGUGGAAAUACUCAUAUACGUGCCAGUAAUGUUUCUUAUAUGAUCACAGUCCUCUUCUUUGGGGGUUGUGAUGAUCGUGAAGCCCUCACUUAUGGGGCUCGCAUGGCUGAGCAUCCAGGUAUCUAUUUAAAAGUUGUUCGCUUCUUAGUGGAACCUGAAGCUGCAGGGGAAAUUGUCAGAGUUGACACGGAUGCCAAUUCUGGCACCAAAUUAUGUUCAGCAGAUGAGGAGUUCCUUGCUGACUUCAAGGAUAAAAUAUCAACACACCACUCCAAGUAUGAAGAGAGAACUAUCAGAAAUGCCACAGAAACCAUCGAUGUAGUCCGUGAGUUCAGUCGCUGCAAUCUGUUUUUGGUUGGUCGUAAUCCUGAUGGUGAACUAGCACUAGCAUUAAAUGGGAGGAGCGAGUGCCCGGAACUGGGUCCCGUGGGAAGUUUGUUGAUUUCACCAGAUUUUCCGACAACAGCAUCAGUUCUGGUUGUGCAACAGUAUCAUAGUCAGGUAUCUCCGGAUUUGACCAUGCAGAUGGUAGAAGAGUCAUCUGAGGACACUCACGACUAAUCCGCUUCUCUUAGGUGGUGUUUGUGAAGGGCCAGAACUGGUUUUGGCGGUAUUGUUCCAAGUAGCUUGGUAAAAUCUCACACUGAGAACAUACAUUUCUUUUCCCUUCUUUCUGGACAUUACGGAAUAGGAAAAGAGGCUGACAAAUCCGUUUUCAAAGCGAUAUUACGCUUCUAUUGUUUUGGAAUUUGGAUGAUAAGGCAGAAUUCUCUGACAUGUUUGAGAAGUUGGGUGAUUUGUAUAUCUAUUGAAUUAUUAACCUGUUAAAAUAAUGUACUUUUCCUAGACUGUUGAGGAAAAAUGAUUGACUGUUUUAAACA